UAAUUCACACAAUCACCAAUACAACACUUAUAUUAUUUAUUUUUUUAAGGAAAAAAUUCCUCUUGUUUCAAGUUUUUGCAAGUUGAUACUAAUGGAACUAUCAAAAUAUGUUCUAGUUGUAUUAUUUUUAGCAAUAACAUGUUUGUGUCAAUUUUCAUGGGCAGGAAAUCUUGAUUACGAAGAGGCUGUGAGAGGUCAAUGUGGUUACACAAGAUAUCCAACAUUGUGUGGCCAGACUUUGUCACAAUUAGGGUCAAAGGAUCGAAAUGUCGAUUUUUUGACUCUACUUGUUAACGAGACCAUCUCACAAGUCAAGAUGCCGGAGCUCGUUUCCUUGGCCACUACUUCUAUCUCGGCCGACUCUCAACUCAUCCAAACUGCCAUGGAUUACUGCCACGAACUAAUGGAGAUGUCUCUAAAACGACUAAACCAAGCGAUGGAAGCAAUAAAAAAAUCUCCAAAAACCGAAAAAUCCGACAUCCAAACAUGGCUCAGCGCAGCCCUAACAUUCCAAGAAACAUGCCGAGACGAGAUCAAAGAUCAUGCGACGACAGACUCGUACACGGCCGAGAUUUACAACAAAAUCGACCAUCUCUCCAAACUGGCCAGCAACUCCCUCGCCCUAGCCAACCGCAUCGCAGCGCAGCCGGCAGGUAGGAGGCUCCUCCUCCAAGCGGGAGAUUUUCCGGCUUGGGUGUCGCCCGCCAACAGGAAGCUGCUGCAGAGUAGUGCCGGGGCGGUGAGGGCGGAUGCUGUGGUGGCGAAGGACGGGAGUGGGAAUUUCAAGAGCGUGGGCGAGGCGAUCAACGCGGCCUCAGGAGGCCGUUUCGUGAUAUAUGUGAAGGCAGGGACUUAUAAUGAGAAAAUCACUAUUAGUAAAGACGGGAUCACGUUGAUCGGGGAUGGAAAAUACGCUACCAUCAUUAGUGCCGGGAGUAGCGUCGCCAAGGGCUCUUCGCUCAAGGGCUCCGCUACUUUCACUGUCCGUGGGGACGGAUUCAUAGCCCGCGACAUCGGGUUUGAGAACACGGCCGGGGCAGAGGGCCACCAGGCGGUGGCCCUGAACAUCGCCUCUGACCGAUCCGUCCUCUACCGGUGCAGCGUCGCGGGCUACCAGGACACCCUGUACGCGCACUCCCUGCGCCAGUUCUACAGGGAGUGCGACGUCCACGGCACCAUUGACUACAUCUUCGGCAACGCGGCGGCCGUGCUGCAGAGCUGCAACCUCGUGUUCCGCAGCCCGAGAAGCGGGGCCUCCUUCAGCACUAUACUCGCCAACGGCCGCACCGACCCAGGCCAGAACACGGGGUUCUCGGUGCAGAACUCGAGGAUCACGGUGGGGUCGGACUUCUCCUCCUCGGGGAAAAAGUCCUUCGCGCUGUACCUCGGGCGGCCAUGGAAGGCGUAUUCGAGGGCCGUGGUGAUGCAGAGCAACAUCGCCGGGCAGGUGUCGCCGCGGGGGUGGGUGGAGUGGGAGGGGUCGAGUGGGUCCACUUACAAGACGUUGUAUUUUGCGGAGUAUGGGAAUAUGGGGGCCGGCGCGGCCACCUCCGGCAGGGUGGGAUGGCCGGGGUUUCAUGUUAUGGCCACGCCAGAAGCUAGCAAGUUUACGGUUGCUAGCUUCAUCGGCGGGACUUCUUGGCUGCCAUCGGCCGGCGUGCCAUUCGACGCCGGCCUUUGAAUGUGUGUGUGUGAGCAGGAAAACAUUUUUGAAAAAGUGAAAUCGAAAAUGUUCUACUGCGAAAUAAAAUUAAAAUAAAAACAAAUAAGUACGUAUUGAUUUGAACUGCGUGGGAUUGAUUUGUGUAUGUACUAUUGUAAAUGGAUGUUUUCUGUAAUUUUUACUCAAGAUUAUGAUUAAUCUUGGUAAUUAGUUACUAGUAUUAACUUAAAUUUGUAAUUUAAA